AUAUAUAUAUAAGAGGUCCGAUCAUGAUCAUCUGACUGAGUCUUAGUCAAAAGCUGGGAAGUAAAGUAGCUUUUGUUCCUGGGAAAUCGAAAAUAAUGGAGGAUAACCUGGGAGGAAGUUCCUCAUCAUCAAUCAAUGUUGUUGACAGAAGUAGUAAUGGUGGGAUUGUGAAAGAACAAGACAGGUUGUUGCCAAUAGCUAAUGUUGGUCGGAUUAUGAAGCAAAUUUUGCCGCAGAACGCCAAGAUCUCGAAGGAAGCGAAGGAGACGAUGCAGGAAUGUGCGUCGGAGUUCAUAAGCUUCGUCACCGGCGAGGCAUCUGAUAAGUGCAGAAAAGAGAGGAGGAAGACCGUUAAUGGCGAUGAUAUAUGUUGGGCCCUGAAAACCCUAGGGUUUGAUGAUUACGCAGAGCCACUUAAAAGCUACUUGCAUAGAUAUAGAGAGCUUGAGGUAGAUCAACGAGCCAAUAAUUCUAAUCAUCAUCAUCAUCAUUAAGAAGAUAUAGAAUUAGGAGCUGGAGCUUUUCUGAUAUAUCGAUGUCCAACUCCGUGUACUACUCUAGUUCUCUCUUUAUAUUCAUAUUAUUAAUCUUCGCAAUUUGCAUGUUUUUUGUUUGUUUCUGAACAUUAAACCAACGAAUCUUGGAUCAGUUAUCAGUUUGUCUGCUUCUUUUGUGUUUCAAUCAAUGAACUUAUAUUAUAUCC